AAUUGUUUGGCUAUCACUUGCCUGAUGCUUGCCUGUACUUUGUCUGUCGCUGUCCAUCAUCCUUUUGGCGAUCUUCCGACACGCGUGCCCAAGAAAAGUGGCCGAAUUGAUAUCAUCACCUAUCCCCAUCGAUCAAUCGACAUGGUUGACCAACUCCUCCAUCCCAUCCAUCCACCACCACCACCACCACCACCACCACCUUCGUUUUUUUCCCACUGUACCAAACCCUCGAGCAUAGCAACAACUGAACCCUCAGGACCUUACUACUCUCUCUGCGCAACCUACUAGAAUACCCUCACUAAUACCGACUCUUGUCUCCCCUCUCGCUUAACUGACUGGGCUCUCCCUCCUCCUAUUCAGCACUGGCGGCAGGGUCCCGGUCGGCCACGCAUUUUUCUGAACCAAUUUGUUAGCCCUGGGACUUGGCAUUCACCAUACGUCACAUUCGUUCCAGAUCGUGGUGCUCAUUUUCCCUAUUGACCCUAUUCAGUCCGAGUGCCCCGGCACGAGUUACACACGACGACGAUCGUUCAGUUCCAGUUGUUAUGCGCACAGCAUACAACAAAACCAUUCUCUUUGAUCGUCGGCGUCAAAGAGAGUCCUGAUCUCUUUGUUUGUGGUUGCGCGACACGCCUUUGAAACAGGGCCGGUCACGUUCCCCUUCAACCGGCAUUCGACGCCUUCUGCGAUACGACCAAACGCCUACAUACAACAACAAACAUCGUUCUUUGGCGAUACCGGUGUCUUUCGAAUUCGCCGAACCAACGGAAAGCAGUGGGACGAAGACUAGUUCAUCCCAACUCGAGCUUUGCCGACCAGACGACUCACGGGCAGCCUACGCUAACACGCAGAUACCGACGAACCACAACCCACCUCUCCCCUCGAUCGCUGUCGCUCUGAUCACAACUUCUGCUUUGACCGCCCUGGUUGGGCUCGUUACUGGGAAACAACAUGGUGGAUAUGCUGGGCACGAAUGCCAACGUGCUCCAAAGCCGUGAUCCCAUCAGUGAAUUCCUCCAACUUUUGCAGGAUCCCUUUGCCGCCCAGCUCUCUUCCAACUCCAUCUACGCUGCCCUUGGUUCUUCUGUGAGCAUCACCGUAGCCGUCGCCUUGGGCUUCUCACUGGUUAGGCCACUCAACACUGUCGUAUACGCACCCAAACUCAAACAUGCCGACGACAAGCACGCCCCGCCCCAGCUCGGGAAGGGCUUCUUCUCCUGGAUCAAGCCGCUGUGGACGACUACGGAGCAGGAUUUGGUGAGGCUGGUUGGCAUGGACGCUACCAUCUUCAUGCGCUUCACCAGGAUGUGUCGUAACAUCUUUUUGUGCCUAGCCGUCCUGUGUUGUUGCAUUCAAAUUCCCAUAAACUGGUAUAAGAAUGCUGCACCCGAGUCGCCUUGGCUGCAAAAAGUUACGCCCAUGAACGUGUGGAACCAGUGGCAGUGGGCCACAGUUGUCAUGUCCUGGGUGACCACCCUGAUUGUGUGCUUCUUUCUCUGGUGGAACUAUAGAAAGGUUUGUGAGUUGAGGAUCCAAUACCUCAGGAGCGAGGAGUACCAGCAGAGCCUCCACGCCCGUACGCUCAUGUUGUACGAUAUCCCCAAAAAUUUGACUUCGGAUGAAGGUAUCGCUCGAAUCAUUGAUAGCGUAGCACCGAGUUCAUCCUUCUCGAGGACUGCUGUCGCACGCGACGUCAAAAUUUUGCCCACCUUGAUCGAGGAGCACGAAAAGACCGUCCGGAAGCUGGAACAGGUGCUAGCCAAGUACCUCAAGGACCCCAAGAACCUCCCCGUUACUAGGCCAGUAUGCCGGCCCUCCAAGAAAGACCCUUCAUUCUCAACCUAUCCGAAGGACAAGAAACUGGAUGCUAUCGACUAUCUUACGCAACGAAUCAAGUUGCUGGAGCUUGAGAUCAAGGAGGUUCGCCAACGGAUAGACAAGAGAGGUUCCAUGCCGUACGGCUUUGCGUCUUAUUCUGAUAUAAGCGAAGCGCAUGCGAUUGCCUAUCUCUGCCGAAGCAAGAAACCACAAGGCGCAAGGGUCACUCUCGCUCCCAAGCCUAACGACAUCGUCUGGGAAAACAUGCCACUCAGCUCAGCCUCUCGUGCCACGAGGAGACUGUGGAACAAUUUAUGGAUCACUGUUCUCACCGUGGUAUGGGUUGCUCCCAACGCCAUGAUCGCCAUCUUCUUGGUCAACCUGAGCAAUCUCGCACGCGUUUGGCCUGACUUUCAGAAGUCUCUGGAAACGAACAGAAACUUUUGGGCCAUUGUACAGGGUAUUGCUUCUCCAGCCUUGACUUCCUUGGUUUAUAUGGUUCUCCCCAUCAUUUUCCGGCGGCUAUCCAUGAAGGCCGGCGACAUGACCAAGACCGGUCGAGAACGCCACGUUGUCGCCAAACUAUACUCCUUCUUCGUCUUCAACAAUCUCUUUGUGUUCUCUCUGUUCAGCGCUCUUUGGUCUUUCGGGGCUACGGUGAUCAAGAACACUGCCACGGAUGAUGACGCGUGGCAAGCUAUCCUUGAUGCGGAUUUUGGGACCACCGUCUUCGUCUCGCUUUGCGGGAUAUCGCCCUUUUGGGUUGUUUGGCUCAUUCAGCGUCAACUAGGCGCUGCCAUCGAUCUGUCACAGCUUUGGAAGCUAAUUUACGGCUCUAUCAUGCGAAAGUUCACGAAUCCGACUCCCAGGGAGCUGAUCGAGCUCACGGCACCGCCGCCUUUCGAUUACGCUAGCUACUACAAUUAUUUCCUUUUCUACGCCACCGCCGCCCUCUGUUACGCUCCCAUUAUGCCGCUUGUUCUCCCGGCGGCAGGGAUGUACUUCGCCAUUGACGUUGCGCUCAAAAAGUAUCUGCUGAUGUACGUCUUUGUCACGAAGACGGAGAGCGGAGGAAUGUUUUGGCGCAUCUUGUUCAACCGCAUCCUCUUUGGACUGAUGCUAUCUCACCUGAUCGUAUUCCUUGUAGUGUGGGUAAGAGGCUUUGGGUACAAAACCCAAGCGUACGCCGUCGUCCCGCUGCCAAUUCUGAUCAUCAUCUUCAAGUUUGUCUGCUCAUGGAUAUACGAUAACAAGAUCACCUACUUCUCGACACGCAUCAUCAAGCACCGCAAUGCUGAGGAAGGUUUCGGCCUAAAAGAACAAGGCCCUAGAAACGAUCGUCUUGCCUCGCGCUUCGGCCACCCUGCCCUAUACAAGCCGCUGAUUACCCCCAUGGUACACGCCAAAGCUCAGAAUAUACUGGCAAGCGUUUACCAAGGUCGGCUAUCCGAUGGCCGUGAUGCAGGCCUUGGCGACUCAAUGUCUGUGAGCGGGUAUAGCGACACAUACGCCCUGGACAGUAUGGCUUCUGGAAAGGUUGGGAAACUGUCGUCUGCUGUGCCCGGGUUCGAGGUCGUCCCGGAGUCCCGACUGGACUUUGAAUUCUACAAGAAUCGCGACGAAUUUGCUGCUGACCAUGGUGCUGGCGAGUUGUUCGGACGCGCAUCUGAUAUCGUCCGGCCAGACACACCAGGAACCAUGGCUACGGGAUCCGACAACAAUUCUCGACCAGGUACACCAGUAGGAGGAAUGGGCUUCAGCCACAACCGCAGAUUCUUUUCGAACCAGUCUGAUAUGGGCAACACUGCUUAUGUUGGGGGAUACAUGUCUCCAUCGCAACAAUACUCGUCCAAUAACCAGGCGCCCUAUUCACCACCUAUUCUAGGUCCCAGUGAAGUGCCCGGUCGAGGCCGGAGCCCCUUGUAUCACAUGGGUGACAACGGCAACGACAGCUCGAGCAACCUCGUCUAUAACGCGGCAGGUAUGCCGACUUCAACACCAGCAGGUUUCGAAGUUGCGGACGAUGGCCUGCACCGGGAAAGGAGUUUCGAUAGCACCAGGUCUCGCGGUGCACUGGGCGGGUUUAGCAUCCCCAACCCACGCGCGCCAGGCGUGCUGGGUGCUUCUCGAUAUGGUUAUGGCAACGUGCCACAAACGGACGACGACAUGAUGCAGACGCCACCUAAUGCAAUUCAAAGCUCUCACUUCCAGCCCAACCAGGGCCAGAACGACCCGAUGCAGUAUGACUAUUUUAGGGGUAAUAGGAGGCAGGGACCUCCGCCUGGCGCGCCAGGUAGAGGUGCGAAUGGAAACGGGGGUGGGAAUAGUGUAUGGGGCGGGAAUUAGAAGAUCUGUGUCCCUGGAAGAGGAAAGCCGAGAAGGACGGUCAACGAAGUCGUUGAGCUGUCUACGUUGAACAAGGGAAAGAAGAGGGAUAUUCUCAGGUUUUGGGUGCGGAAGACGACUGCCGAGUCGGAGCAUGAACGGCUGGCUUCCUCAGCUCCUGGGGACGAGGAGAACUAACGGAGACACGGGACGGGCGAGUUGCAUUUUUGGGCACUCUGGGCCCCUUACCAAGCAUUGUUUCGGCGUUUUAUACGGGUGUGUGUGAAAUGAUAGAUUACGAGAAUCAGAAUCUGGCUAGGCCCUAGAAGGGUUGUUUGGGUUUUGAAUGGCAAGGGCACAGAUGGGCUGGUGCUUGUAUCAUGAAUUCCCUGUUUCACAUAAAGACACGAGCAGCAGGCCCAGGAAGACGUCAAAAGGACGUCUAUAUAUACAGUAUGUCUUGCCAGCCACGUUAUUUAUAGCGUACCGAUUGUAUAGUAGUUCAUGAAUGGGCAUUGAGUGUUCCUCUACGUAACUGAAAAGAGGAUGGAUCAAGGCCGGAUCGAGCGGGGAAAACAAAAACAUGUCGUUCCUCUCAGUGUGAACACUUAACACCGCCAACAUCGUAUUGAUCAAUUGCGUG